UCGGCGGGAAUUUCGGCGGCAAACGGAAGUAGUGAAGCAGCCACUUGGAGGUAAUAUUGGAGCUGUAGGUUCCUAAAACAGUUUUUCAACGACACUCUUGGCAUGAACACAGUCAAGCAUAUGUCGCCAUAUGAAAACGAUGUGGACUUUAGCUCGUGUUGACGUUGCAAGCUAACAUCGACAUCAAAUCCUCUUCAAGUUCACGUCCGUCUGCUCUGUAAAGCGUCCUGUGGUAUUCUAAAAAGCGCCACCUAUAUUCAAGUUGUUAUUGGUAUCAUCAUCAUCAUCAUCAUCAUCAUCAUCGUAUCGGCGUGUUGAACGUAUCCAAUGCCAGGUGGGACGUCGUGACGCAGCAAGCACGUUCUCUUCCGGCACCCCAAACUUUGUGGCUUUUAUUUUGAAAAUGGCGGCAUCUUCCAUGGCGACUGGAGAGUUUGUCCAUAGCUUCAUGGAGGGUCUGGCCAGGAAAACAGGGCGUACUGGUCUACAACCAAAACCACAACCACAGCCAGUCGCCCAGCUCUGCAGGAGGAAGAGUCGUCCAGGUGCAACUGUGCACAGCAGAGCCCAGGAGAGAACAGUGCGUGUCACCCAAGUCAAGUCUUUCCCAUCUUUGGAGAUUGUUCUGGACAGACUGCCAUCAGAGAUCCUGAUGAAGAUCCUGUCCCACCUGGAUCCCGCCUCACUGAUGAGCCUCAGUCACGUCAACAAGCUCUUCCACCGGCUUGCCAACGACGAUGUGGCAUGGUGCAAGAUCUACAUGGCCGCCUUCCCUGCUGAAACAUGGAGGCUCAAGUCCACGGACAAUGCUGCGGGCAGGGCGGAGCCUCAGGAGGGCUCAUCAGGCGGCUGGAAGAAGAAGUACCUGUGGAAGAUGGGCGGAGAGCACCUGGGCAAGUGGGGGAGGGAACUCGGAGAUGUCAACCCGUUCACAGGACUGCCUCAGAAGACUGAGUGGAUUCUCAGGAACAUUGUCUGGGAGCUGACAGUGCUUGAUGUCUUCGGCCGGGUGGUCACCCCGGACAUCAGCAGGGUCUCCUUCUUCAGUACGUCUGUGACGCUGUGCUGGAGUGGAAACCACGCCAUCCAGUAUCCUCACAUCAGCAGCAUCCGGCUCUGCGCCGUGCGGAGGGACGCACUCAGGAGGCCCAGUCCCCUUUGGGGCUCACUCAUCUGGAGGGUGGACACCGGGAGUCGCCCCGAUUACUUCCUUGGCAAAGACAGGCUGGUCCAAGUCAUGCGCCUCUCACCUGGACUCGUCCUUGGCUUCUGGAGGGGUCGGAAGAGUGUGGCCUUCAUCAUGGUCAACUUACACUUGCACAGGCUGGUGGAGAGGAGCCUGCUGGGAUCUCCAGUCAGUCCGUACUGGGAGCCUGAGGGCGAGUGGCGUGGUGAUUUGAUGGUGCGCACGUACGCGCUGCACUUUGUCCUGCACAACAGCGUGUCUGAGGUCAUGGUGGCAUACUUCCAUCCUCUUGUCUGCAAAUCAGAUGGGGACUACCUGGUGAAGCUGCGGGCCAUCAGCACGACCAACUUGUCUCAGCACCGACUGCUGCUCGGACCCCUCAAUCUUCCAUGGGAGAGUGAGGCUCUGGAGGGUUCUGUGGAGAUGUGCUGCGUCAUGGUGCUGACUCUGCAGGAGGAGGUCCACAAGCCCCUGUGGUGCGUCAGCACGCCCGUCUGCGUCAAGACGGCGAGGAAGCCGGCCUGCUCGGACUACGUCGGCAAGCACUUCCUGUUGGACUACAAGGACGUGCACGGCAAGGUGAGGGUGAGUCUUGUCUGGCUGAAGGAGCAGAAGCAGUUCUUCAUCGUCAGCCUUGUUGUCAGGCUCUUCAAAGACGACAAGCACUUCAGUGCCAGGGCUCGAACAUAGGACCUUUGCAAUGGGAGGCGAGAGCGCUGACCACAUGGCCAAAUGUCCGGACUGUCGACCACGUGUUCAGCACAGCUCUUAAGGCAGAGGGAGUGAGGUUUACCAACGUACACUUGCACAGCCUCACUGGCUGGCAUCCGUGACACAUGGGCUUCGGCUUUACAUUAGGGGUGUCCACCUACAGAUACAUUGAAGACUGCGAGGGCCACUUUGAUGACAGUGGAUCCCCACUUUUUGCAGGUGUUCCAGGAUCACCAGCGGAUGCGGACAAUUUGUGAGUAAUUGAUCCACUCAUAAAAAUGUCUAUUUUUAAUGCACGGCUCGUCUGGAGCUGUCUACUAAAGGUAAAAAGCAUAUUUGGACAGAUGUAAACAGCUAUUCCAUGUUGGAAAUAUUCCAUUUAUAUAUAAAUAUCCAUAUAUAUAUAUAUUAUAAAGUGGCAUAUUUAUUUAAAUUUAUCUCAAGUUAUUCAAAAAAUGGAGGACCCCUGACUUUUCCCUGCGCUUUCAUUGCGAAUUUUCCCCUUAUUUUGUUCACUGCACUGUGACAGGAUGUAACGCAAAGCGUGUUUAUUGUGAAGGCCGGAAGCGUGCUGUUUUGUCUUUGGGCUCGAGACGACUGUGUGCUAAUAAAAGUGCUGCGCGAGCUUCGUGGCUGCGAUUCUUUCGUCGUGGCAGCUCAUUAAGCCACAUAUCUGUCAGUGUCGAAGAAAAACCGACACCGAUGUGAGCCCUUGUUUUCCAUGUUCCAUCAAUACGUGAGGUGAAAGAAGAAACCCAAUCAGAUGAAACACAUUUAUUUUGUUCUCUCUCUCUCGUUCUCUCUCUCACAGACACCCUUGAAAGUGACACAAUCACAAGAAUGGCACCAACGACGACACAAGUCUACAGUGCUGAGCAUCAGUCGUAGCAAAGUGCGUUCGAGCGGCCGCACGAGCUCCGGCGUCCGUGGGCGGAGCUUAGAGCACCGUGCGGCGCAGGAAAUUAACAUUUACACAAACGACGUUUUUUUUUUGUUUUUUUUUUUUUUGAAAAAGUGUCUUCCACACCAUUGACGAGUAAAAACAGUAGCUACGCAGUCGGAAUAUGUACACAAAUUUUGGGCCACUUGUGUCAGAGCAAGUGGCGCCAGAACCUCGUCUGUCCCGAGUCACGUGCAGAAUCGCUUUGAGCACACAUCUUUUCAAUCACCCAUUCUCCUCAUCAGUGCUAGGUGUCACCAAAAUAAAAGCUUGGCUUUUCACAUUAGUGUCAAAUUCGAGCAGCAAAAGCGCUUCGUUCAUGCACACAGAGAUGUUUACACACAAAGUUGGAAUUGAAAUGAACAACAUUUUACACUACGCUCUGAUAUCUUAAGUCCUGGCCGGUGUCGGUGCCAGGGGUCGAAUAAGGUGGGUCGCUCCCAUGUGAUUUAAAAAAAAAAAAAAAAAAAUCCUCAUGUUGAGGAAAAAUAUAUACAGUAUUUAAUUCUACGUGACAGCCACCAGGGGGCGCAAAUCACAAUUCAUAUGAUGCUGCUCCUGAAUGACAAGGAAGCCAAUUAUUGAUGCAUUAAAUGUUUUGUAUUUUGUUGAAGUAAGCAGUCAAGGUUCAUUAAUUUAUGUCAAAGAUAAGCUUGUUUUCAUCCUUCAGGACCAACAGGGUGGCAUGCUGGGGUUUGUUCCCUUUGACCAGAGUGCAGCAUGACCAGCAAACAUCCGAGCUAGGACCACGAAGUACCAUUAGCAACAUUAGUAAUCAAUGUUUGUCAUACUCUUUGUGGGCUCCGUUGAGUGGGCGGGGCUUGUGCACAUAGCGUUCCCAUGUGUGCGGGAAGUUGGCAAGCAGGUUGGCGUGCUCACUGUUUUUUUCCGCUUCUCCUGAGUGUUAAAAAAAAAAAAAAAAAAAAGCAUCUGACUGUCCUCCAGCGGCUCGGACAAUCCCGUGUAAACAUCCAAUCACUGGACAGAGCUGGUUAAGGGGGCAGGCGGUGAUGGACAAUCUGUGAUGGCUCCUUAAGGCAGACCUCGUCUCUCGGCACCGAUUAUGCGCGGAAGCACAUUCACAGCCUGCAAGACGAGCAGCAGGUGGUCAGUCAGUCAGCGGUGGUACGCGAGUGGCAUCAUGCGGACAUGCGACUCACGUGCGCCGCCAUUAUGUCUUGCUGGCGUUCUCGUAGAUGACGUCGGAGGUGAUGGCAUGCUGCUUCUUCUGCCACAUGAGCAGGACACACUGAUGGAUGAAGACGUACUGUUCCUGCAAACGGCGCCGCAGCAUCGUCAAGUCCUGAACAAAGCAACAGCAGUCGGGAGAAAAGGAUGUGGGCGUGGCCUCACCUCAGUCUGCACCAUGGAGAGGCGGUGCGAGCGCAUCUCGGACACCAUCCCCAGGAUGUCCACAAACUCGUGUUCUCGAAGGUGCUGCAAGAGGCGGUCCAGAGCGAUGAAGGUGCCGGUCCUGCCCACGCCGGCGCUGUGCUCACAAACACAUAAUGUCACCUUGGCAACAAAAAACAUACACUGCUUUGAUGAGACCUCCCCCCCGACCUGCAGUGGACUACGAUGGGGUCCUUGGUCCUGUUGGCCUGCUGACGCACAAUGUGGACAAACUGCAGGAUGCUCUCGAUGGCGUUGACUGUGGGAACGCCGUGAUCCGGCCACGAGGUGUAGUUGAGGUGAAGGAUGUCCUGAGUCUCAUCCGCCUGCAGGGGCGGCAACCAAACACACAUUAAGUCACCUGCGUUCGCCCUCUAAUAGCGGGAGCUGGAAGUGCAGACAGGAGUUGGCGCUCACAUAUCCCAGCCUGAACUUCCUGAUGGUCCACUCCGGGGAUUCGCUUUCAGAGAGCAUCUCCACGCUGAUCUCGCCAUACAUGACGGGCUCGUCGGUGAACGGCCAGUAGUGGUCGCACUUCACCUGGAGGACGAACGCAAUUGAAAGCACGGAAGGGGAGACAUGGGGGGGGGGGUAAGACUCACCCUCCGCCGCUCAUUGCACUGCGUCAGCAUGACCACGAUGGGGGACUUCUCCUGAAGAACCAUCUUCCAAAAGUCGUUGCGGGUCUCGGGCAGCGGGCCCUGGGUGGCGAUGUACUCUUUAGGAUGUUUGUAGCCCUACGGAGGAAGGCACAAUGUCACGUUGGAACGUUGCUCUCCCUCAUGGAAGCUUGUUGGGGACGGUGUCCUCACAGGAAUGUAGUUGGCGUUGAUGUAGUCUGCACCUUCAUCGUUGUGCAUGGACAUCAGCUUCACGCGACUGAAGUCGUCUGCAGGGAAGAUGGACCAUUGCAGGUGAUUUUUAACGUCUCUUCCGUGUACCUUGUGCUAGUUUGAUGCAGUCAUUCAUGUUUACCGUGCAGCUACCUGACCCGGCUUCAUGCUAGCACUGGAUCACUUCAGGACCAGUGCUACGUAAGUUUCUUUCUUACGUGAGUAGGCCUGUCACGAUAACAAACUUGGCAGGUCGAUAAUUGUGCUACAAAUUAUCAUCGAUAAUCGAUAUCGACAGCAUUUUGAGACCAUUUUUUUCAUUAAUUACAUAGCAUAAAAUUUAUGCCAUUUAACUGUACUGAAUGGUUGCAUUUCUUUUGCAAUGUAGCGAGCGACACGGUCUGUGAGCGUGCACCGUUCUGCUCCAUUUACAUUGCUGACCAAACGCCUCAGUAAGCGUUGGCUGUCGGGACGAAGGCUACAUAAUACAAGAUGGUCAUGUUCCCCUGCAUCCUCGUCACUACUUUCGAUUUGACGGUGUUCAUGCGCUCACCUUGUUCAUUCUGUUGAAAACCCAAAUAUUCCCACACUGGGUGUAGUAACACCUCGCCAUGCCACACCGGCUAGCAACUAGCUUCACCACACACUUGCUGACAAUGCCUCGGGCCACUAGCCAAAGGUAACACUGCAUAUUGGAGCUGCCGCGUGUCCCGUUACAUGCAUUUAUCAGCUGCCUCUUUUUAUCCUCUUAUUUGCCUAAAAAGCAUUUUUAAGCCUAAAAAUGUCUAAACUAAUGAAAAUACAAGUAGUAUUGUACACUGGUCACUAGGUGUCAGUAAUGUUGGCUGAGGCACACAAGCACCAGACUUGGUCGCUGGAACAACGGGCUUUUAUUGCAGCUUUAAAUGGUCUCACAACAGGCAUAAUAAUUCCUAACACAGGAUACUGAUUGCGGCCGUAACCCACAUCAAGAUAAAAUUCAACUCUCAACGCCUGACCUCCCUUCCUGUCCACCACCGUAACAUAUUUACAGCAACACACAUGAGCAUGAGUCUUAUUUUCUCUUAUUAUGUCUACUAUAUUGGGUAAUAGGAGUGUAAAGGUGACUAUGGGGUGUUAUUUCAUGUAUACAGGGGCUCUAAUAAUGUCAAAAACUUUAUUUAGAAGGUUGUAAACAGGUUUUCUGUCUUAUUUUCUUUUAUUAUGUCUACUAUAUUGGGUAAUAGGAGUGUAAAGGUGACUAAAGGGGUGUUAUUUCAUGUAUACAGGGGCUCUAAUAAUGUCAAAAACUUUAUUUAGAAGGUUGUAAACAGGUUUUCUGUCUUAUUUUCUUUUAUUAUGUCUACUAUAUUGGGUAAUAGGAGUGUAAAGGUGACUAAAGGGGUGUUAUUUCAUGUAUACAGGGGCUCUAAUAAUGUCAAAAAUUUUAUUUAGAAGGUUGUAAACAGGUUUUCUGUCUUAUUUUCUUUUAUUAUGUCUACUAUAUUGGGUAAUAGGAGUGUAAAGGUGACUAUGGGGUGUUAUUUCAUGUAUACAGGGGCUCUAAUGUCAAAAACUUUAUUUAGAAGGUUGUAAACAGGUUUUCUGUCUUAUUUUCUUUUAUUAUGUCUACUAUAUUGGGUAAUAGGAGUGUAAAGGUGACUAAAGGGGUGUUAUUUAAUAUCUAGAGGGCUCUAAUCAUGUUAAAAAGAGCAUUUAGAAGGUGGUAAACAGAUUUUCUAUGCCAAAUGUCUUAUUUUCUCUUAUUAUGUCUACUAUAUUGGGUAAUAGGAGUGUAAACGUGACUAUAGGGGUGUUAUUUCAUGUCUAGAGGGCUCUAAUCAUGUUAAAAAAGAGCAUUUACAGUAGAUGGUGGUAAACAGGUUUUCUACGCUCUAACUACUAAAAUAUUGCAUUUUAUAAAUAAGGAAUCCUACUUGGUGAAAAUGAAGUUAUGACGGUCUGAUGUGGAACCAAGGAACCAGCAUAAAGGAGGGAUGACUAUAAUGAUUUUAUUCACUUGUUUUACAGUAUAGAGUCAUUGCACAGUGUAGCAGUAGACUUACUGUAUGCAAAUGGUGGAGAUGGAGUGUAUUAGUAUAAGACAAUAGCAAGUGUGAGUGCAAUAUAGUGUGCAUGGAAAGGUGGUAGGUGGUGGCAGGUACUCACAGGGGAGGAUGUUGGUGUAGCGGUUCUUGGGUCUGUUGACGGGCAGGUCGGCUGCGUCAUGGGAAAGAUCC